AAAUUAGGCUGGAGAGAAGGAGGCGAAGCUGAGGUCAAACAGACAGUGUGUUCCAGAUUUUGACAGUAAAUUUUCGUCUUUGUCCAGGCACAUCGACAUUUGAGUAUGAAAGUCAUGGCUACUUCUUUGAUCGUAUUCACUCUGAGCAUGUUUGUGGUGAGUAAACUGUCGGAGAUAUUCAUAGAAAGGUUGUUUUUGUUGUUGUUGUUUCUGUAAGUUAAUACCUUUAAAAAAGAUGAUGGCUCAAUAUAUUUAAGGUCUCUAUGUUUUAUUCUUCUUCUUCUAUAUCUUAAGGGCCCACGAUCAAUUUAUUGAUCAUUUUGGCUCCUAUGCAUGUAGAUGGGAUUUGCAAUGUUUCUGUUACUGGUGUUGAUGAGGAAAUCAUGCACUAGGGGUUUGAAGGCUUGAGGCAAUAGACACAAAUGUUUAACUUCAUCAAAUUAAUUUUUGUUCUUUGGAGAGUUUAUUACCUUAGCUAAACAAUUGGAAGUGGGUCACUUUAAGUCGGGUGCCCAUAAAUGGGAUGGGCCAUCACUACCUUAUGUCGUUAGGCCUAUGCAAACAGUUCUUUUUUUCCCUUAUUCGUUACUAGAUGAGCUCAAAAUAGGUUUUACCAUGAUUGUUUAUUCGCAAUAAGAAUGUAUGUUCUUUAUGCGAUGAGUCAGUAGAACUGUGUAGGUAAGGGACGACAACCUACGGCGCGCGUGUCAGACUUGGCACGGAGUAUGAUUUUCAAAAGCACGUGUAUGAGGACAUACAAUAUAAACUAAAUGCGUCAUACAAGGUGGACUUACAGGCUUUUUGGCACUCUGAAUUGAAUCCUAAUUAGUCUCAGUGUUAAAACAGUGUUGCCUACCCCUGGUGUAUGUUGAACACAACCCGAUAAAUCUGGUAGCCAAUGCAAGCCAAUCGCCAUGACGUAGACUUUGGAUCAAGGAUCAAUAAUGCAAUAUUUGAGCUUGGUUUCAAAAGGUGUAAUUUAUAACUAAUGAGAAAAUAUUCACUAUGUCUAUCAUAUCAUGUAGUCUAUCGUAUCAUGUAGUCUAUCGUAUCAUGUAGUCUAUCGAAUCAUGUAGUCUAUCGUAUCCUUUGGUCUAUCAUAUCAUUUAGUCAAACGUAUCAUUUGGUCUAUCAUAUCAUUUAGUCUAUCAUAUCAUUUAGUCUAUCAUAUCAUUUAGUCUAUCAUAUCAUUUAGUCUAUCAUAUCAUUUAGUCUAUCAUAUCAUUUAGUCUAUCAUAUCAUUUGGUCUAUCAUAUCAUUUAGUCUAUCAUAUCAUUAGUCUAUCAUUUCAUUUAUUAUAUCAUAUCAUUUAGUCUAACAUAUCAUUUAGUCUAUCAUAUCAUUAAGUCUAUCAUAUCAUUAGUCUAUCAUUUCAUUUAUUAUAUCAUAUCAUUUAGUCUAACAUAUCAUUUAGUCUAACAUAUCAUUUAGUCUAUCAUAUCAUUUAGUCUAUUAUAUCAUUUAGUCUAUCAUAUCAUUUAGUCUAUCAUAUCAUUAGUCUAUCAUUUCAUUUAUUAUAUCAUAUCAUUUAGUCUAACAUAUCAUUUAGUCUAUCAUAUCAUUAAGUCUAUCAUAUCAUUAGUCUAUCAUUUCAUUUAUUAUAUCAUAUCAUUUAGUCUAACAUAUCAUUAAGUCUAUCAUAUCAUUAGUCUAUCAUUUCAUUUAUUAUAUCAUAUCAUUUAGUCUAACAUAUCAUUUAGUCUAACAUAUCAUUUAGUCUAACAUAUCAUUUAGUCUAUCAUAUCAUUUAGUCUAUCGCUUCCGUUAUUUUUAAAACUUCUUUUUUUUUUCACUUUUCAAAAUAUAUAACUUGACAUUCGCAAUUGUCUUUCAGUUUUGGACUGUGUUUUAAAGUCCACAUACUUCUUAUGAAGGGCCAAGAAAUUUGAAAUUGGGUAGACAACUUCAUUUGCAUUAUUACCCCUUGAUCUUCGGCCGUUUCUUAAAAAAAAAAAAUUGUGUACGACAUCUUCAAAAUUCAAACGAAGAAAGAGUCAGUUCAUUUAUUUUGUUAGGGAAGUGAUUAACUCUUGCGCGCGCGCGCGUGUGUGUGUGUAUGUGUGUCUGCAUGUGUGUGUGUGUGUCGUUCACGUAAUAUUGCAUCGCCCUUUGACCAACCUGGUUGCACAAGUCAGUUUACUUGAACAAACUUCAUCUGUAGAAUUUUGACUCAGCCAAAAAUUAAACUUAAACCAUGAAUACUUCCAAAAUGUUAGCGUAACAGGAAAGGGAAUCAUUUCAAAUGUGGGGCUUCUUCAGGAUUUUUAUUUUAAAAUAUAUUUGCGAAAAUCGUUUUCUCCUGGCAAAUAAUAAAUAGAGGGAGUGGGGGGGGGAGGGUAUUAUUUUAAUAAAGCUCAUUUUUAAAAAAAAAUUAAAUAAAUGUAUGUAGCUGUUUAAAUGUAAUGUUUAUUAAUGCCAAAAUUGUUAUGUGAAGCGCGGUGAUCCAAGCCCUGGGCUGACGUACUGCGCUAUUUAAGACCACUGUAAUAAUAAUGAUAAUAAUUUAAAAAACUAUUGAGUGGCGAGUCAUUCAAUGGUGUGUGGCUGUUAUGAAAAAUAACCAACUCAUGCACAAAGAUCACGCUGUUGCAUGUAAUAAGAUCACACUGUUAUAAGUGAUAAGAUCACGCUAUUACAAGUGAUAAGAUCACGCUAAUGCAAGUGAUGUGUUUAUACAAAUGAAUCGUUAACUUUGUUUUGCUUUAAAAAUAACAUUGAAAACAUUCCAUAAGAGCAAGCAUCAAUAGUAUCAUAAGAAUACCGGUCUAAGUUUCCGUGUUAGGUUAAAAAAGCUGACCUCGCUGGACUAACGACUUCCCUUUUGACCAUAUUUUUAUAGCUCGCAAUGCCUCGACAGACAUAUGCGGCCACAUAGCGUGACACCCUCACUUGGGGUUGUGGGGGGGGGGGGGGGGGGGGGCGCGGCGCCACCUAAGGGAAAAUUUAAAAUUUGGCUGGGUUCGCUUGCGUUGGUUUCAUGGCAUUAAUCAAAGUUCAAAACAAGAUAACGACUUCCCUUUUGACCAUAUUUUUAUAGCUCGCAAUGCCUCGACAGACAUAUGCGGCCACAUAGCGUGACACCCUCACUUGGGGUUGUGGGGGGGGGGAGGGGGGGGGCGCGGCGACACCUAAGGGAAAAUUUAAAAUUUGGCUGAGUUCGCUUGAGUUGGUUUCAUGGCAUUGAUCAAAGUUCAAAACAAGACCACGGUGCCACCGCCCUUUUAGUGUUAGCUUCAUAUCUUGCAACCAGAACUCGUCAUGAACUGGUAAAUAUUCUGGCAAAGCAUUUAUGAAGGAGAUGCCUUCUCGUGGAUAGAAUCUUCUCAUUAAGUCUACACUUAUUUCUCACGACAUUUUCGUCAUCUCCCAUGGAACAGUUCAGACUUUCUAAUCUUUCCUUUGUCGAUUGUAAUUGAUCAAAAAAGACAGUGAUGAAGCAUUGACAGGUUUGUCAAUUUUAAGUGAUAAGGUGAAGAAGAUGUUAAUGAAGCAAUGACAGGUUUGUCAAUUUUCAGUGAUAAGAGGAAGAAGAUGAUAAUGAAGCAAUGACAGGUUUGUCAAUUUUCAGUGAUAAGAGGAAGAAGAUGAUAAUGAAACAAUGACGGGCUUGUGAAGGAAAGUAUAGUUUGAAUACUUCAGUUGAAAAUAUCAAUAUUUCGAUUAAAAUAAUUUUGUUGAGUUUGUUAAAGUUUUUACCACGAAUGUAUGCAUCCUUGUUAAGUCUUUGUUGCCUUAUGACUUAUUUAUAAACAAAACUAUAAGCGAAUCUGUAUGAUCUAGUUAAGACCGUUUUGGUGCAGGUCCGGUGGGGUGGGAGGUCCGGAGUGGGGGUUACACCAUGAUUUUACCGCGCCGGGUGACACCAACUCUAGCGACGCCUCUGCCCCUGAUCCUGUUAUAUUUUCCAAACAGGAUAUUUGUCAGAACGCUCCUUUGUUUCAUGUACACGGAGUAGGAUGACAAUGACACGACACAGUCCGUCACAGAAUUUAACAAAAGAAACAUUUUCCUCGCGUGUCAUGCAGGUGAUAAUUCUGCUUGCGCCGCUGCACAGGUUGAAAGGCGCCUUAACUGGGUCAUGUGUUGGAGGUCAUUUGCUGGACAUUUUCUUUUUUGUAUGGUUAAAAAGCUAACAUAAAUUAAGCGUCGCGUGCAUUAUUGUAAUGGCUGUCGUCUACACCUCUUACAACGAAAACAUCUUGUUGGCAACGCCAUCUACAUGAAACGUCACCAAACAUCCUGCAGUAUUCUUGGAGUUUAUCAAGUUUUAGAGUCUAUCGAGUUUUAUAGUCUAUCGAGUUAGAGUCUAUCGUGUUUUAAAGUAGAUUUUUAUCGAGUUUCAGAGUCUAUCGAGUUUUUAAGAGUCUAUCGAGUUUUAGAGUAUUUUAUACAUGUUUUGUAUAGGCUUUUAAAAUAAAGGCCCUUUUGUUUCCCUCAGAUGUCACUGUACGGACAACAAGUCCAGGAUUUGUCUCCUUAUCAACCAGCCCCUCCCUUCCCCCAAGGGGCGAGGUGCACGAAGGCGACAGACUGUGGUCACAGCGGGUGUUGUCUGCACGGACUCUGCAGCACCACCGGGUCAACGGCGGACAAGUGUUAUGCAAAGGUCACGGGAAACGGUCGGAUCAGACCCACGGGGAUCUGGAACCAGACGGAUAUCUGUCCAUGUGAAUACACCUACUACUGCCUGGUGGUUGACAGUAGCAACGUUGACAGUAGAUAUGGUCCAAUUGGUAUUUGUAUGCCCAUCAUGGGCUAAGAAACGGAACCUCCAGGAUGACAGAGGGGCAGUGCGCAUGAUGGCAGGAACUCUCAACUAAUAAUUAUACUAAUCUUAUACUAUAAUCUGAUAGUAUAUUCUUUAACUACUAAUUAUUGAAUUAUCAGAAUUGGCAUACACAAAUAAAAUUCUGUUUAUGGAUUUUCGCUAUAAUUUUGAUGCCAGUCUUUUUUUUUUUUUAACCUUAGUCGAUAAAAAUGCUAACUUCGUCAAAGUUGUGCAAAGUAAAGGAUAACCUUCACUUUAAAUCGUGUUAAUAUCAUUCCGAGGCCGGCUCGUGGUAAACCGUUGCAAUUGCACACACACACACAAAUUAUUAUAUACACCAUACAGCCAUAUUUAAAUAAACAGUUUUUAA